AUGAGUAUUUGGUGCUACACCUUCACCAAUGCGUGGAACGUGGCAUUCUUGUGGGUCUUCCUGGUCUUCGGCAGCGGAGCAUGGACAAGCGUGAUGAUCGUCCGGCGGAAUCAGCAGCAGAUCGCUGAGAUGGCCGCGCAGGGAGCGACCCGCAUGGAACAAGUGCUGCGCAACGGCCAGUGGAUCGAAGUGCCUGCCACCGAACUCGUGCUGGGAGAUGUGCUUCAGGUGGCUGAUGGCGUAGCUUCUGCAGAUUUGGUUCUGGUUUCCGGGUGCGCAGUGGUCAAUGAGAGCAUGCUCACGGGAGAACCGAUGCCGCUGCAAAAGGUCGCGGUCGAGCCCAUGAACCCUUUGCCCUUCGACUACCAGGCCCAUGGCAAGAAGCACGGCAUCUUUGCAGGCACCGAAGUGCUCCAGAGUGUCGCUGAUGAGGGCAGCAACAGCAAUCGCGGUUCCACCGUGGCCGUGGGGGUGGUGAUGGCCAUUGGAGGAAGGACGACCAAGGGCAAACUGAUCCGGAUGGUCUUGUACCCAGCAGCAGUGAAGUUCAAAUACACUGAGCAGCUGCCCAUCGUCUAUAGCUUCAUGACCAUUUGGGCCGUGAUUUGCUUGGCGGCGACCUUGAGAUAUCAGGGUCAAGGAUGGGUCACGGGCUGCUUCUCAGGCUUGGCAUUUCUCACACAGGCCUUGAACCCGAUGAUGGCAGUGUCGUUCACAUUGGGCCAAAGCUGUGCAGCAAGCCGCUUGAAGGAGAACAGCAUCUCCUGCUUGAACAUCGGCAGGAUCCCCAUUGCUGGCAAGAUUCGGACGAUGGUCUUUGACAAGACGGGCACCAUCACCCAUGGAGGCAUGGAUUUGGCGGCGGUGAUGCCUGUUGUGAACGGACAGUUUCAAGAGGAGGUGCCGGCAUCGGAGCUUCCUGGGCUUCAAGAAGAGAUCUUCCUCAAGGCCUUGGGUGGCAGUGACCAAAGCCAGAGGCCAAAGCUAGAGACCCCUGCCACCAAAGGGAAGAGCAAGACGCGUGGCAUUGCAGAGAAUGACUUCAAGGUGAAGGCAGCCUGUGCUUCAAAGGCACUCCCGAUUGAGAAGCUUGAUAGGGAGACUGUUCCUGGGAAUUGGAUCGCCCAAAGCACGGGGCGUUCGCAGUUCCUUGGUGGAGCCUUUGGAAAUGAUCCAAGUCCAUGCUCAUCCAAGUCCAUAGAGUCCAUCGAGUCCACGGAACGUUCCAAGGUUCCGCCGUCGGAGAGCCGCUCAGAGGGCGCCAGGCUCAUGGGCGCUCGGUUGAGCCACCAACGGACCUCAAUGGAGCAGCUUGUUUCGAAGUGA